CCUGUUGAAGCCCAAGUCUCGAUUUUGAAAACACAUGGUUUGACAGCAGCGAAAGCGAGCCGCCGCCGCCGCAAAUCGAAGAUGAUGAUGGGGGAUACCAGAGGAAGCGGCCACGUAGGUGGUUGAAAGCAUACGUGGCAGAAUCUCAAGGAAAGAUUCCCAUUGCUCCUAACUCCUCACGCGCACCCAUCAGUCCCCCAUCAGCCCUUUGCAGAAAGAGAGAGAAAGGGACAGAUAAAGAUUGAGGCGGUGUGGUGAGUCUAGGUAUCUCAAUUUGCAAAUCUGGCCACGAAAUAAGGGAGUAGAAGAGAAGGGUGUCCAGCCCUGUCCUGUACAAGGUAUAUUGAUUCCAUGUAUUUCGGGUGUCCGUUGAAUACGACUCUAUGGCAGACCCCAACAAUGCGCUCCGCUCCUAAAUUUUUCUUCCACCUUUCUUUCCUUCCACGCCCCUCCUCGUCUUCUCCUAUUGAGCUUCUCUGUCCACUGAUUUGCUUCUUUCCUCUAUGGGCGUUGCCGCCAUAGACUUCAUUCCAAGAAGCAACUCAAGGCAAAGUUCAGAGGAUGGAGAACUUCUACAAGCCUUAUUUUGAUCCAGACUAUGAAUCACUCAUUGAAAGAAUACAUCCCCCAAGGGUCUGUAUCGAUAACGACGCAUGCCAAGACUGCACACUUGUUAAGGUUGAUAGCGCUAACAAGCACGGGAUCCUGCUGGAGAUGGUCCAAGUUCUAACGGAUCUUGAACUAGUUAUUUCCAAAUCUUACAUCUGCUCCGAUGGUGGAUGGUUCAUGGACGUGUUCCACGUGACGGAUCAGCUUGGGAACAAACUCACUGACGAAAGCCUCAUACUUUACAUUCAGCAGGCGUUAUGUGCGAAUAGGAAGCAGGGAAUUUCCAAGGAGUUGCAAGCCCGCCUUGGAAGAGAGAUGAAUCCACGACAUGUUUCAACAGAGCACACAGCCUUUGAGAUAACCGGAACAGAUAGACCUGGUCUCAUGUCCGAGAUAUCAGCAGUUCUGGCUGAGUUGUCAUGCCAUGUCACUGCCGCCGUGGCAUGGACCCACAACUCCCGAGUUGCUUGCAUUAUCUGCCUGGAAGAUGAAUUGAAAGGUGGACCUAUCAGGGACCCGGAGCGCCUGGCCCAUGUGGAAGAGCAGCUUGAGAAUGUGGUGGAGGCCCGCCACCAGAGUGGGGAGAGGAGGAAAGUGAGGUUAACCGCCCCUGUUGCUGGGCGAACCCACACUGAUCGUAGGCUGCAUCAGUUGAUGUUUGCUGAUAAGGAUUACGAGAGGUGCUGUGGUGGGUGCGACGGUAGCAGUGAUAGGAUUCAAGUGUCCAUAGAAAAUUGUAAGGAGAAAGGGUAUUCAGUGGUGAAUGUGAAGAGCAGAGACCGUCCCAAGCUGCUGUUUGACACUGUGUGCACCCUCACGGACAUGCAGUAUGUGGUGUUCCAUGCAGCUGUGAGCUCUAAGGGCUCCAUUGCUGUUCAGGAGUAUUUUAUCCGGCAAAUGGAUGGAUGUACUUUGGGUACACAGAGCGAGAGGAAUAGAGUUGCCCAAUGCUUGAUUGCUGCAAUAGAGCGGAGGGUCACCCAUGGAUUGAGGCUAGAUAUACGCAUUAAGAACAGGUUGGGACUGCUCUCAGAUAUCACACGGGUGUUUCGAGAGAACGGGCUGUCGAUAAGGAUGGCUGAAAUUGGGAUACACGGCGAGAGAGCCAGUGGAUCAUUCUAUGUAACAGACGUUUCGGGACGCGAUGUAAGUCCCAACACAGUAGAGUUGAUCAGGAAAGAGAUCGGGGGAACAAUUAUGGCAGUUAAUAAGUCCUCCGUCCCACCUUCCCUGCCUGCCUCACCCAGCAGAGACAGAAGCACGGCAAGCAGCGUAGAAAACAGGCCAAGAUUCUCAUUAGGAACCUUGUGGUCUCAGAUUGAGCGCUUCUCAAGCAAUUUCGGUCCUAUAGGGAUGUGAGGCUUCAAAUUCUUGCCAGCCGCUGCCUCGGGCUGCUGUAAAUAGUAGUUGCAUUUGUAAAUACAUAGGGUGUGUUGUUCUCUCAUAAUAGCUGUUUGGUGCCCAAAUCUAGUGAACUGUAUAUACAAGGUUAUUGGUACGGUAAGCAUUCAAUACAAUACAUGUCUAGCAAGCUUAUCUGCA